AUGGAUUUAAUAGCAGAGCUAGAAGCGAAUCAACGUUUAUAUGAAAACGGUAAAAUUAAUGAGGAUGAAUAUAAUAAACGUCGAAAGACAAUAUUUGAUAGAUCUGUUGGGUCAGUUGAAAAAAAUAAUUCUGAUUCCGACGGAUAUGCUAAUUAUUUAAGACCUGCUAUAAUAGUAUCUAGUAAACCAAAGAAUACGAAUUUGUACGAAAUUCUUCAAUUAAAUCCCAAUGCAACUGAUGCAGAAAUUAGAUCAAAUUAUAGAAAACUUGCUUCUAAAUAUCAUCCAGAUAAAAAUGGCGGCAUUGAAUCUGAAGAGAUUGAUGAUUUCUAUUUACUUUUAGCCUUAGGAAAUAAAACAUCACUAAACCAUUAUGUUGGAGGUGACGCCUGGCAACCUUAUAUUGGUAACUUGGAAAUUGGCCUUUGGAUGUUCUCAAUUACAGAUAACGGAAAUUCACCAGAAAUAGAACAUAUGACUACGCCUGAACAAAAAUAG